CCCUCUUCUGUGCAGCCGGAGGAAGCCGGUCCUCCACGCGCCGCGGUAAAGAAUGUGCGGAAAGACUCUCAGGGGCGAGUGACAGAUGUGCCCUGUGCUGUACUUCUGUGUGCGGUGUUACCAAAGCUAGAGAUCCAGAAAUUCCACUUGAAAUCAAGUUGAGAGACAGAGCUUCUUCCUCCUCCAUGAGGAGCAGUCCUUAUCAACCUUGACAGCAACAUUGACUGAACCUGUGUUUAGGAGAGGGCCUGAUGGCAUUGAAGCUAGGUUGGAAAGCUCCCAGGAACUGCUACGGUCUCCUUUUGCAGGCUGUGAGAAGUCCUCUCUUGUUUCCCUGGGCCCACUGUUCCUGGAGAGGAGCUGGAAGCCUUUUGGACCCUGAGAUGAGAGCUUUCCUGGAGGAGAACACUGAAGUCACCAGCAGUGGCAACCUAACCCCGGAAAUCCAGUUGCGGCUUUUGACCCCUAGAUGCAAGUUCUGGAGGGAAAGAGCUGACCUGUGGCCCUACAGUGAUCCUUACUGGGCUAUCUACUGGCCAGGAGGCCAAGCCCUGUCUAGGUAUCUUCUGGAUAAUCCUGAUGUUGUCAGAGGAAAAUCCGUAUUAGAUCUGGGGAGUGGAUGUGGAGCUACAGCUAUUGCUGCUAAGAUGAGGGGGGCAUCAAGGAUCUUGGCUAAUGACAUAGACCCUAUUGCAGGAGUGGCUAUUACAUUAAAUUGUGAAUUGAAUCGAUUGGAUCCUUUGCCCAUUUUAACCGAAAACAUUUUGGAUUUGCAACAAGAUAAGUGGGACCUUGUUGUUCUUGGAGAUAUGUUUUAUGAUGAAAGUCUUGCAGAUAGUCUCCAUCAGUGGCUGAAGAACUGCGUCUGGACCUACAGAACUCGAGUACUGAUUGGUGACCCUGGGAGGCCCCAGUUCAGUGGGCACAGCAUUCAGCAUCAGCUGCACAGAGUGGUGGAAUAUUCACUUCCAGAGUCUACCAGGCAGGAAAACAAUGGACUGACAACAAGCACAGUGUGGGAUUUCCAGCCUUGAGUUGGCAAAGUGCUUCAAAGUGUGAAGACAGAUAGUUAUGUUUGGAUUUAACCCCGAAGUUUUCCAUAUAGGAAAUAUUCUCCAGUUUAAAGAAUGUACAGGUUCGCUGCCUGUAGCUCAGUGGUAGGGUGCUGGCCACAUAUACUGGGGCUGGGGGGUUUGGACCCAGCCUGGACCUGCCAAACAGUGACAACUACAAUAAAAAAAUAGCUGGGCGAUGUGGUGGGUGUAUGUAGUUGCAACUACUUGGGAGGCUGAGGCAAGAGAAUCGCUUAAGCCCAACAGUUUGAGGCUGCUGUGAGCUGUGAUGCCACAGCAUUCUACUGAGGGGGUGACAUAGUAAGACUCUUUCCCAAAAAAAAAGAAAAAAAAAUGGCUUGGUGCCUGUAGCUUAAGCGGCUAAGGUGUCAGAUACAUACACCAGAGCUGGCGGGUUCGAAUCUAGCCUGGGCCCAGCAAACAACAAUGACAACUAUAACCAAAAAAUAGCUGGGCGUUGUGGCGGGCACCUGUAGUCCCAGCUACUUGGGAGGCUGAAGCAAGAGGAUCACUUAAGCCCAAGAGUUUGAGGUUGUUCUGAGCUGUGAUACCACAGUACUCUACCCAGGGUGAUAGCUUGAGACUGUCUCAAAAAAAAGAAUGCAAUUCCUAUUAAAUGGCAAGUCUUGUUUUCAAAUAUAAAGGUUUAAAGUUCUGUCAGCCUUUGUCAUGUAACUAGUUGUGCAUUUCGAGGCAUGCUUAUUAUAAUAUCUCUAUUUGUAAUUGUUUUUUAGCUUCACGGCUGUAGGAAUGUGACUGUAGAAUAGCAUUCUCAGUGGUUGUAACAAUUUAAGUAGUGGAGAGGAAUUAGAUAGUAGCUGAAUCUGAUCCCAUAGUUGAGGACAACUGUAUUGUAUUUUUUUUUUUUUUUUGAGACAGAGUCUCACUGUGUCACCCUUGGUAGAGUGCUGUGGUGUCACAGCUCACAGCAACUUCAAACUCUUGGUCGUAAGCGAUUCUCUUGCCUCAGCCUCCCAGGUAGCUGGGACUACAGGCACCCACCACAACGCCCAGCUGUUUUUUGGUUGCUGUUGUCAUUGUUAUGUAGCAGGCUCAGGCCAGCUUGAGCCCACCACCUUCAGUGUAUGUGGCUGGCGUCCUACUCACUGAGCUAUGGGCACCAAGCCUAUAUCUUCUUUUUUUUUUGAGAUAGAGUCUCACUUGGUUACCCUUGGUAGAGUGUCAUGGAGUCUUAGCUCACAGCAACCUCAAACUCUUGGGUUUAAGAGCUGGGACUGACUACAGGGCCUGCCACAACACCCAGCUACUUUUUAGAGACAGGAGUCUUGCUCUGGCUCAGGCUGGUCUUGAACCUGUGAGCUUAGGCAAUCUACCUGCCUCAGCCUCCCAAGUGCUGGGAGUACAGGUAUUAGCCACCUUGUCUGGCCAACUAUAGUGUAUCUUUGAAUUAAACAAACAAAAUACAAAAUAUAGAAGAAUACUGUCUUUUUUCCUUUCUUUUUGAGAUGGGGUCUUGCUAUGAUGGUGUACAGUGGCAAUUCAUAGGUAUGGUCAUAGUGUACUGCAGCCUCCAGUUCUAGCCUCUAGCGAUCCUCCUGCCUUAGCCUCCCCAGUAGCUGGCACUACAGGUGUUUGUCAGUUCACCUGGCUUAAAAGAAUACUGUAUUUAAAAAAAAUUAUUUGUAGGCUCAGUGUCUGUAGCUCAAGCGGCUAAGGAACCAGCCACAUACACCAGAGCUGGUUUGAAUCCAGCCCAGGCCUGCCAAACAACAAUGACAACUACAACCAAAAAAUAGCUGGGCAUUGUGGUGGGCGCCUGUA